CUCUCUCUCUCUCUCUCUCUCUCUCCUCAGCUCCAUCAUCCGAACCUCCAAAGCCCUAGCGCGCGCGAUCUCGGCCCGAUCUCCCCAUCGCAGCUCGAUCGCGACACCAGAGAAAACCCUAGGGCGUCGUUCAACCUCCCAUCCUGUCGAUUCUCAAUCUGUAAUAUGAGAUUGAUAAGUUGAUGUGAGAGAAAGAGAGAAACAAAGAGCAGCUGGCAUGGGAAGGGGGCAAGGGGGAUGACAGGCAUGUCCUCAUCAAAAAGCUAUUCAGCCAACGGUACUCUUGCAAUGCACCGUGUGGGCAGUGCUGGCAACACAUCCAAUUCAUCACGUCCUCGGAAGGAGAAACGAUUAACAUAUGUGCUUAAUGAUGCGGAUGACUCAAAGGUUUCACAGUGCUCUAGCCAUCUUCCAUUGCGCAGGCGUCAAUUGUCUGACAAUUUUAAAGGAUUCACCUACUGACAGCUGUAAUUACCUUUUCACUGGAAGCCGAGAUGGAACCUUGAAAAGGUGGUUGCUGACCGAUGAUGAAGCUAGCUGCUCGGCAACAUUUGAGUCGCAUGUUGACUGGGUUAAUGAUGCAGUACUUGCCGGCAAUACCCUUGUUUCAUGCUCUUCAGAUACGACUGUCAAGAUGUGGAAUUGCUUGUCUGAUGGUGCUUGUACACGAACCCUUCGUCAACAUUCUGACUAUGUUAUAUGCCUGGCUGCAGCUGGAAAAAAUAGUAAUAUUGUUGCAUCUGGAGGUCUUGGUGGGGAGGUCUUUAUAUGGGACAUUGAAGCAGCACUUCUUCCUGUUACCAAAUCUGUCGAUGCUGCUGAAGAUGAAAGUUCAAAUGGACUAAGUAGUUCCGGAAAUGGGUUGCCUCUGACAAGUUUACGCACUGUCAAUUCAAGCAACAACAUACCUGUGCAUAACAAUCCACCGCAUUCUUAUAAUCCUGUUGCUGCCAAAGGGCAUAAAGACUCUGUCUAUGCUCUAGCUAUGAAUGAUACUGGAAGUCUACUUGUUUCUGGUGGAACAGAAAAGGUUGUCCGUGUUUGGGAUCCAAGAACAGGUUCAAAGAAUAUGAAGCUAAGGGGACAUACUGAUAACAUACGGGCCUUGCUGAUUGAUUCGAGUGGCAGGUUUUGUUUAUCAGGGUCAUCAGAUUCCAUGAUUCGUCUAUGGGAUCUUGGUCAGCAACGCUGUGUACAUUCUUAUGCUGUGCAUACAGAUUCUGUUUGGGCACUUGCCAGCACUCCCACAUUUAGCCAUGUUUAUAGUGGUGGGAGGGACCUUUCUGUAUACCUAACAGAUUUGUCAACAAGAGAGAGUGUUUUACUUUGCAAAAAGGACCACCCUGUUCUGCAGUUGGCUUUGCAAGACGAUAGCAUUUGGGUCGCAUCAACGGAUUCUUCUGUUUACCGGUGGCCAGCUGAAGGAUGUAACCCACAGAAGGUUUUCCAAAGAGGAGGUUCAUUCUUAGCUGGGAAUUUGUCUUUUUCUAGGGCAAGAGCUUCUUUGGAAGGAUCAGCACCUGCCCCUGUUUUCAAAGAACCGUCCAUGACAAUACCUGGAAUUCCAGGAAUCGUGCAACAUGAAAUCUUAAACAAUAGAAGACGGGUCUUGACUAAGGAUGCUGCAGGUUCUGUUAAACUGUGGGAUAUUACCAGGGGAAUUGUAAUUGAGGACUACGGAAAGGUUGAUUUUGAGGAGAAGAAACAAGCACUAUUUGAAAUGGUUAGUAUUCCUGCAUGGUUUACUAUGGAUACUCGACUUGGAAGCCUGUCUGUCCACCUGGACACGCCACAAUGCUUUUCUGCGGAGAUGUAUGCUGCUGAUUUGAAUAUUUUAGGAGCUGCUGAAGAUCACAAGAUCAAUCUAGCUCAGGAGAGUCUGCGUGGUCUCUUGGCACAUUGGAUGGCCAAAAGAAGGCAGAGGAUUGGAGCACAAGCAUCCUCUAAUGGUGAUAUUUCAUCAGCGAGGGAUAUAUCCUUGAGAAAUCUUUCCCAUUCGAGGAUUGAGGUUGAUGACACUUCUGAAAACCAUAAUACAGCAGUGCUCCCUGCUUUUGAAUUCUCGACUGUCUCCCCACCAUCAAUUAUCACAGAAGGGCAUGGUACAUAUGGAGGACCUUGGAGAAAGAAAAUAACUGAUUUAGAUGGGACAGAAGACGAGAAAGAUUUUCCAUGGUGGUGUCUAGAUUGUGUGUUGAAUGGUCGGAUGCCACCGAGAGAAAAUACCAAGUGUAGCUUUUAUUUGCACCCUUGUGAAGGCUCAACCAUACCGGUGAUCACCCAAGGCAAACUGAGUGCACCCAGGAUAUUGCGGAUACAUAAAGUAAUUAACUAUGUGAUUGAGAAAAUAGUUCUCGAUAAACCAUUGGAUGGAGGAAGUUCGGAUGGAACAUUUGGUUUGGGAUUGAGUGCAGGACAAUCACAACUUUCAUCUAUUGGAGACGGCUCUUUGCGGUCAGGGCUAAAACCAUGGCAAAAGGUGAAGCCAUCCAUAGAGAUCUUGUGCAAUAACCAGGUGCUGUCACCUGAAAUGAGUUUGGCCACUGUACGAGCUUAUAUUUGGAAGAAGCCAGAAGAUUUGGUCCUCAAUUACCGAUUGCAACACUCAAGAUGAUCCUGCACUUUCCUCGAGAGGUAUCCAGUUAUCAAGCAAGGAGUCUGCUUCUGCUUGGGAUGUAUGAUACCUUGUUUAGUGAUUCUUCUUGAGUGUGCUUCCUAGUUUCCACCAAACUAGGAUAUUUGUUUUCAUGUAAAUCAGAGGAUUAAGAUCUUCGGUGAAGCUAAUUCUUUAAGGGCCGCAAUUUGGUCAGCAUGAAAGCUCCUGAGGUUUUAUCCUACACGGCGGUGUUAUAGCAUUAUGUAAAGGGUGGAUGCUAUAAUUCCGAAGAGCAUCAAUUGACAACAUGAGUAUCCAAUAUCUCCUAUAUUACAAGGCUUAGAUAGAUGAUGCCAAAAAUGUUAUAGAUGUGGGAGUGCCGAAAACGAUGUUAUGGGAGUAAUUCCCUUGAAAUAAAAUGGUGCUUAAAAGCAUUUCUUGUUUACCUCAAGCGGAGCGUUUGCAUUGUGAGAUUGCUUCUAGUAAAGCUGCCAAUUUUGGAAAAAUUCUAUCGUUUGAUAUUGUGAUAUAUUUGACAUGUACUUGCUUGUACAUUGGGAGAUUGCUGGAAGGUGUUAAUUUUUUUUUCAUGCUA